AUGGCUUUUAGUGUUCAGAAACUAAGUCAAUUUAUGCAGAAACCAAAGAGUUUCCAUAUGGAAGUUGCACAAAGAGUAGUCAGAUAUGUGAAGGGGAAGCCUGGACAAGCAUGCCCUCUCACUAGGAAAUCAGUAGCUGGCUUCUUUAUCAAGUACGAUGACUCCUUAGUGUUCUGGAAGUCAAAGAAGCAAAAUACUAUCUCCGGGAGCCCUGUAGAAUCAGAGUACAAAAGCAUUGCAUCAACAGAGGCGGAGUUGAUUUGGAUACUUGGUUUGUUCAAGGAUAUUGGGGUAGCAGUUGAUCUUCCUGUGAACAUUCACACAGAUAGUAACAUAUAA